UCGCUUGCGCAGACCGAGUGCCGACGUAUACAUUGUAUGAAAAUAAUUGGCCGUAUUCUUCUUUUGACGAGCAGUGUCCAUUAUGUGUCGUCGAGCGUCGGCAUUUGGACGAGUGUGACGCUCCAGGACGUCAGAAACACAGCGACGAUGACUGCCUCAGACAGAGGUACGCAUAACCCGUGACUGGUGAACCGCAGGUGAUGUGAAAGGAAGGUGUAUGUGUUUCGGUGAAGUGCGUGGUGUACCGUAAGUAUGGGGCCAGGUAUUACAGAUGGUUAUAUUCGUAACUGCACUCCACCAGCUAUAGAUGACUUCCCGACGGGACUGUUUACCGAGCUCCAGAGGCAGCAUGGAGCAAUUGUGCUCCAUGCCUUCAUAUCCAUUUACCUCUUCUUGGCGCUUGCCGUUGUUUGCGACAAGUUCUUUGUGCCAGCUGUUGAUAGAAUAUGCACAGCCCUAAAUAUGACUAAUGAUGUCGCCGGCGCAACAUUCAUGGCGGCCGCUACGUCUGCACCAGAGCUGUUUGUGAACGUGAUUGGUACAUUCAUCACAGAAGGUGACAUUGGUGUAGGAACUAUUGUAGGCUCUGCCGUGUUUAAUAUACUCGCAGUAGCUGCUUGCUGUGGGAUCGGUGCGGGAAUGGUUGUACCAUUAGAUUGGUGGCCUUUAACGAGAGACUGCCUCGCUUACGGCAUCACAGUUUCAAUACUUAUUUGCAUCAUGCAUGACGAGUAUGUCCAAUGGUAUGAAGCCUUCCUGCUGGUCCUCUUAUACGGAGUAUAUAUUUGUAUAAUGUACUAUGAUAAGUCCAUACAAAACUUUGCUAAGAGGAGUUGGAAGUGUGUUUCAAACAUGAUAAAGACAGAUGAAGAAAAGAACGAAAAUGCUAGCGCGGAUGAGAUCGAUGAAAAAGAUAAAUCAAAUAAUAAAACCGAUUUAAUCAUUGAUCAUCAUCAACACAAUGGUAAUAUAAAGGCUGGACCAAUUAUUAUAGACAGUGGUGAUAAGAAAAUGACGAUAGAUGAUGCCAAGGUCAACGAUGAUACGACGGUUAAUGUCGGUGACAUGGAGAUUGUCCACUCAGAUGAAGUUAAUCAAAAUGUUGACACUAAUAAGGAAGCGCUAGAUGAAAAUGAGCAUUCAUUGUGGAAGUGGCCAUCUGGUAGAAGUAAUCUCACUAAGGCAACUUGGAUUAUUACUUGGCCGAUACAUUUAGUGUUCUUAUUCACAAUACCAGAUUGUGAGAAGCCGCGUUUUAAGAAUUGGUUUCCACUGACAUUCCUUAUGUGUAUUGUUUGGAUCGGUUCUCUAUCGUACAUCGUAGCUUGGAUGAUCACAAUCAUUGGUGACACCCUCAUGAUUCCCGAUUCAGUGAUGGGUAUCACAUUUUUGGCAGCCGGCACUUCCGUUCCAGAGGCUGUAUCAAGUGUCAUUGUUGCGAAACAAGGUCACGGAUCUAUGGGCAUCAGCAAUUCAAUUGGAUCAAACACUUUCGACAUUCUUCUGUGUCUGGGUCUGCCCUGGCUGAUCAAGGCUUCGCUGACGCCGGCUGAACCAGGACAUUAUUGGGUGAAGAUAAACUCGAUGGGAUUGGAAUACUCGGCUAUAUCGUUGCUAUCGACGCUCCUGCUUUUAUAUCUCACGUUUUGGUUUAACAAGUUCAAGUUGGACGCCGCAGUGGGAAGGGCAUGCUUGGGCAUGUACGCCAUGUUCCUCGUGUUGGCUACGCUCAUUGAGUUGAAUGUUUUCUUCCCGGUGAACGUACGCACUUGCAGGAGAAACGAGCUGAAGUCUUAACUGUGAAUAGUACUGAACGGAGGGGUUCCCAGCCAGUGAAGUGCAGUAACAGUAUAUGGACUGUAAUAGAUUUCUUUAGAAGUCACCUGUAUUUGGUGCUAUCCAUAAGCUAGUUCAUAAGCUGGCUAUUUCUAUUUUAUUUUAAUAAACCUCGUCACUCCUGAAUCCUCAAGCUAUAUUCAAGAAUAAUUUGUUUUAUUGAAAUCAUAUAUUUGCGACACUAUUUCCUAAUUUAAACAUGAAUAUCAAUAUCAAAUUUUAAAUCAACAAAAAAUUAAGUGCGUUAAAUAUUUAAUUCAGUUUGUUAUUUUUAUAAUUAUAUUCUAACUAUUAGAUUAUGUUUUAUAAUAUUUAACUGAUAAAAUGACAAAUUACGAAUCUCAAUUUUGUAUUCGAAUUUUAUUGUUAUGUAAGUUUCAUAGUGUUUAUGGAUAGCUGUUAUCUUAGAGACCAAAAAUUUAAGAUCUUAGAUGUUUAUUUUGUUAUGUAAGUAGAAAGAUAAGCAUUCACAGCUCGCCGCUGCGUAAUAUUUUGUAAAAUACCAAUAGAUUGCAUAUUUUUUCAUGACGCUGUUGUAAAUAAAGUAUCAAUUGAUGUUAUUGUAACACAUUUUAA